UUCCUUCCCCUCCAUUGCUUCGCUUCAUCGUCCCCUCCCUUCCACGCCUACUACUUACUACACCCAUAGAUUUCCAUACCACACACCAGUUCAUCGAUCCAAAGAUCAAGCCAUCGUCCAUCGAUCAUGGCUGCUUCGUCUUCCUCCUCUUCGGUCAGGCAGAGGCAAGCCCCACCAGUCUCCGCUCAGCAGCAGCCGCAGCUCCUCCUCCGAGAAGAGCAGCAAGACCUCCUCCCCAAGCAAGAACCAGGAGCACCACCACCCUCGCCGCAGCGGUCGCCCUUGUCCCAGGCGCUCACCUCGACGGCGAACCUUGCCAACCUGCUCCCCACGGGCACGCUCCUGGCCUUCAACCUGCUGUCCCCCACCUUCACCAACCACGGCGCCUGCGACGCCACCACCGCGCUCCUCACGCGGGGGCUCCUCGCCCUCCUCGCGCUCUCCUGCGUCCUCGCAUCCUUCACCGACUCCCUCAAGGGCCCCGACGGCCGCGUCUACUACGGGGUCGCCACGCCCAGGGGAAUCUGGCUCAUCGACUACCCGCCCGGCGCGCCGCCGCCCGCCGACACCGCCAGGUACAGGCUCGCCUUCGUCGACUUCGUGCACGCCGCGCUCUCGGUCGCCGUCUUCGGGGUCGUCGCCGCCAGGGACAAGAACGUCGUCAUGUGCUUCUACCCGGCGCCGCCAAAGGAGACGGAGGAGGUGCUCGACAUCCUGCCACUCGGCGUCGGCGUGCUCUGCAGCCUGCUCUUCGUCGCGUUCCCAACCACAAGACACGGCAUCGGAUACCCCGUCACCAACGGCAACUAAUAAGCAAACACAUCCUCAUCUGUUAGUUGUUGUUUACGCGUUCAUUCAUCACUACCAUUCUCAAACUAGUACAUGUACAAAUCACCGAGCUCUUCAUGAUUAUAUAUUGGAACAUUGUUAUUACUGGGAUGGAUUGAUUGAUUGAU